CGCGGAGCUGUCAGACCGAAAGCGGACUCGGCGGAGAAUCGCGCAGUCACAGUUUUUCACGCAAAGAAAAAGCACUUGUCAUUUACAGCAAAUUUCUUCUGCCAGCUUUUACGUUUAGAUACUUGGAAUGACGGACGCAAUACUGCCGGACGAGGAUAAUCGGGCUAUUGAAAAUGGCUAUUUUAAAAAGGGCUGCAACCCCUUUGCCCAGACGGGCCGAAGCAAGCUGCAGAACAAGAGGGCCUCGCUCAACCAGCAGAUCAUCAAGCAGAUGAGGAUGAGGGCUGGUGCUGAGAAUCUCCUCCGGGCGACCUCCAACAACAAGGUGCGCGAGAUGGUGGUCCUGGAGCUGAGCUACGUGAAUUCCAACCUGCAGCUGCUCAGCGAGGAGUUGGAGGGCCUAAACAGCUCAGUGGAAGUCUACCAGAAUGUCCAAGAGACGACCAGCAUUCCCCUGAUCCCCCUGGGUCUGAAGGAGACCAAGGAAGUGGACUUCUCUGUGCCAUUCAAGGACUUCAUCCUACAACAUUACAGUGAAGAUGGCUCCAAUUUUGAGGAUGAGAUUGCUGACCUUAUGGACCUGAGACAGGUAAAGGGCCUUCAACGCUUACCAUGGACUUCAGUGCGUUACAGGCUUGUUGUAUCUUGCUCACGGUUCUCCGUAUGUGUCCAGGCAUGUCGUACACCGAGUCGCAGCGAAGCUGGCAUUGAGCUGCUCUCCGCCUACUUCAGCCACCUGUCCCUUCUUGACAGCCGAUUCUUCUCCCACACCGGCCAAAUGGGAAUCUUCUUUACAUGGUAUGACUCCUUCACCGGGAUGCCUGCGUGCCAGCAAAACAUCUCCCUAGAGAAGGCCAGCCUUCUCUUCAACAUGGGCGCCUUGUACACGCAGAUCGCCACACGCUGCAACCGCCAGACCACCUCCGGCUUGGAGGAUGCCAUCACUGCCUUCCAGAAAUCAGCAGGGGUGCUGAACUACCUGAAAGAGACAUUCACGCACACGCCCAGUUAUGAUAUGAGCCCCGCCAUGCUGAGCAUGCUGGUCCGGAUGAUGUUGGCGCAGGUCCAAGAGUGCCUCUACGAGAAGAUGGUCUUGCCGGGUAUUCGCAAUGAGUUCUUCUGCCUGGUCCGGAUGGCUCAGGAGGCCGAGAAGGUUGCCCAUACAUAUGAGCAGGCCCACCAGUCCAUGAUCCAGCAGCCCAUCAAAGACAACGUCCCUUUCUUCUGGUCCACCAUGGCGCGUGUGAAGACCACACACUACCGUUCCCUGGCCCACUACUUUGUGGCAACGGCUCUUCUUGACCACCAGUUAGGGCCCAGGGAUGACGAGGACAAGCAGGAGAAGGCCCUGGCUCAGCUGUACGACAGCAUUCCCAGUGGGCAUUCUCCUGCACACAUCCUCAAGAACAAGGAGGAACGUCGGCGCAUAGGGAAGGCGCACCUGCGCAGGGCCAUCCUGGCUCAGGAGGAAGCCAUACGCUGUCAAAGUCUGUGCCGCCACCUGCGCAAGCUCGACGUGCUGCAUGACAUCCUGCAGGCCGCCCAUCAGCGCUCACUGGCCAAGUUCACCGAAAACGACGCCGAGGAUGAGUUCACGGACCACAUGGACGCACCCGACAUCGUCCCUAAAACUGAGCACAAAGCCGAAAUGGAAAUGCCAGCAUCCACAAAGGUGAAAGUCAAAGACUUUUUCCACAAGCUGGGCCCCCUCCCCAUUUUUUCAGCCAAGCAGCGCUGGACGGCACCACGCACAAUCCGGUUGCACACCGAGGACCAUGACCUGGGCUUCACACUUAAGGGUGAUGGACCCACACAGGUCCAGUGCCUGGAUCCUAGCUGCCAUGCUGCGAAAGAGGGACUGAAGGAAGGUGACUUCAUUGUCGCCGUGAAGGACACGGACUGCAAGUGGCUGGGAGUGGGUGAGGUGAUGAAGCUCCUGAAGGACGUGGAUGAAGAGGGCGUGGACAUCCAAGUAGUCAGCAUGAUGGACAGUGGGCUGCCUAUGUCCGCCAAGAGCGCCACCUACUGUGGUGGGAUCCCCAAGACCUAUUCCAUGAUCUGCCUGGCCUUUGACGAGGGCGAUAAGAAAGCCCGCAAGGUCACCAAGAAGCCAUCCUUCCUUAGCUGGGGCCUGAAGAACAAGCAGAAGAGUGCCAGCACGCUAAGCCUACCCACCGCUGAUUACCCAGGCACACUGCCCUGGGCCAUGCAGAGGUCCACCUUCUCCAGCUCCAACAACAACGGUGCCCUCUACUAGGUCAGCUUUGGGGUUGUGCCCUCCUGAUUGGCUGAUCCUUCCAAAUUUAAUGACAAUUUUUUUUUUUAUAUAUAUAUAUAUAUAUAUAUAUAUAUAUAAGGACAAAGGAAAAAAAAACAUUGCACACAUUUUCUUGGUGUAGGAAUGUCAGUGAUAAGCUAACCCUUUUGUUUAAAAACGACGCUUCCAGCCCUGACUGCUUCGCUGGUUGAGAGAUGGUUGGUUUCAUGUUGCUGGUUGUAUCUGUAUCUCAGGGUGCGUUUUGUUAACUGGAGCUGUAGCGUGUCUAAACAAAGCAUUAACAGGGAGGUGAAACUUGACAGAAGGAGCAAGGCAGGAAGCCUCUGGUGUUAACUGCACCUGAAAAGACUACUUCUGAUUAUCACCCGUGCCAGUAGAAGCAGGACCGAAGAAGGAAACUUUACAUUUUAACAGUUGCAGGAAGGACAGGGUGUAGUGCAAAAGUGACGUGCCACACAUUGUAAGCUGCUGAAUCGUUAAGGAAAACUUCUUUUUGUGUUAUUUUAACGAGGGGGUAGAGUUGGAGGUGAUAAAUGGAGGAUUAUAGCCUUAGCAUCUCACAUUUGGAGGUAGGUGCACUUCAGAGACUGCGGUUUAAACAAAACUGGACAAGAGAGACGGAGGGAGGGAGACGGACGGCUGGGUCCUACCUGCCAUCUAUACUGCUUUUGGUUAUGAUGGUAGUAUGGUAUUGGUAAGAUUAAUCAACACUGAGCACUCUUGCCAGCCGGAUCUCUCCCAUCACCCCGAAUAAUGCUAACACUUUUUGAGUGUUGGAGUAUUUCACUGUCUACAGGGUAGAUUUUUAUUCACGUUUGAUAAUCAAAUAAUUUAUAUGGAAAAUUUUAACUAGUUAUAAAUACCACUGUACAUUUAAACCCCUUAAACUGUUUUUUCCCUUAAAUAUUUGUAUGCACAUCGUGUAUUAGAUCUGCUGUCUUGGAGUCAAACUUAUUUCGGAAACUUUCUCAUGCUUAAUUUUUUUUCUUAUGUUAUUAAAGUGUCUGUAUACAAAUUAUAGCGUCUAAUUAUAAAAUACAAAAGGAACAUACACACAGCACAAAUAUACCGAAGAUAUUUCUAUUGAAUAGUGGAGUGCUUUGCAUACAAAGGCGUGGGGUUUUUCCAGUGUCUUGUUUGAACUUUUUGGUUUUAUUCAGUAAGGUUGUAAAUGUCAGCAAACUGUGUAUCUGAGUUAAUGACCGAGUCUGUGUGGAUUUUAUUACUGUGCUUUUAAAGUGAAGAAUUCAACUUACUGCCAUACUUGCCUUCUGCUCUGUAAGUAAACACAACUUGUAUCCAUAGUUUUUGUCACCUUUGUUUGAAGUGUAGUAUCUGAAGCAGAUGUAUGUAUGGAUUAAGUAUUCUUUCGUACGUGCAACGGUCAUUCCCUUGUUUUCCCACUUAUAUGUAACUGUAAACUGGAAUCUCAAUAAAAAUGGGGUAAAAUUUAAA